GAAGACUCCUCCACACUGCUUCUCAUUUACUUCAGAUUCAAGACUCAACCCUCCCUCUUUCUCAUCUUCUUCAAAAACUCAUGCAACUCUUUACAACAACAUUUCCACUCAAUUCGUUCUAAUCCCAUGUCUGUAAAUGCAUCAAAAGAAAUCAGACAUUCAAAUCGGAACAGAUAGCACCGGAAUCUCUUCCGAUUUCAACCCCACACCCACAAUUCCUCACCAAUCCCCUCAAAAUCUCUCUCUUUUCAAAUCAACUUGUUCUUCAUCUUCGUCACUCUCUUCUUCUUCAUCUUUACUAACAAUUCAGUCACUUGAUCAUUUUCAUGAACAUCAAAUUGUCAUCGAUGAUGAUCACGAUUCAGUUGCUAGAUCAACUCCUCACAAACGCUCUGUUUUCUCCCAAACAAAUUCUGUUUGUAACAACCCAUUUACGUCGAAAACAGUUAAUUCUAACCGCUUUAGGUUUUGCAACCCGAAAUUUACAUUAAUCUACUGGGUUAACCGCCUCAGUCGCCUCAGGCGACUGCGAACUCACCUCCGGUUGAUUCUGUUACUGUCUGUUCCGGUUUUUUACUUCGUAGUAUCGAAUCCUAGUCGAUCGUUGGUUCUUGAUUUUUUAUCCGCACUCGCGUUCUCAGCUGCGUUGUUGUUGUCGCUUAAUCUCGCACUUCCUCGCCUCCCUUCGAUUCGUUUGUUUUUCGCUAGAUCGUUCCCGAUCAAGCUGACGUUUUCGGAGAAUGUUCCGUUCUCCAGGUCAGCAUUGCCGGUGCUGUGGUCGAUAGGGUCGAGAGCGAAAAUGGAUUAUGGGUAUGAUUCAGGGUGUUGGGUGCAGACAUAUAACAAUGGGGAUGUGUAUGAGGGUGAGUUUCAUAAGGGAAGGUGUUCCGGGUGUGGGGUUUAUUACUAUUGUAUGAGUGGGAGGUAUGAGGGUGAUUGGGUUGAUGGGAAGUACGAUGGUUACGGGGUGGAGACGUGGGCCAGGGGGAGUAGGUAUCGGGGGCAGUAUCGGGUCGGGUUGAGACAUGGGUUUGGGGUGUAUAGGUUCUACACUGGAGAUGUUUACGCGGGUGAAUGGUUAAACGGGCAGAGUCACGGGUGUGGAGUGCAUACUUGUGAAGAUGGAAGUAGGUAUGUUGGAGAGUUCAAACAGGGUGGUAAACAUGGUCUUGGACAUUAUCAUUUCAGGAAUGGGGAUACAUAUGCUGGAGAAUAUUUUGCUGAUAAGCUGCAUGGUUUUGGCGUGUAUAGUUUUGCGAACGGACAUAGAUAUGAAGGAUCUUGGCAUGAAGGAAGACGGCAAGGGCUUGGAAUGUACACUUUCAAGAACGGUGAAACGCAUUCCGGCCAUUGGCAUAAUGGGGUUCUUGAUAUACCGAGUUCUCAUUGUGCAACACAACCGGUGUCGCCUGUUGGGGUCUAUCAUUCCCGAGUUCUGAAUGCAAUCCAGGAAGCCCGGAGGGCAGCAGAAAGGGCGUAUGAUGUAACCAAAGUGGACGAAAGAGUUAACAGGGCAGUGGCAGCUGCCAACAGGUCAGCUAAUGCUGCUAGAGUAGCUGCAGUGAAGGCAGUACAAAAACACCUACCUGACAAGAGCAACUGUCAAAAACUUCAUAACUGUUUCCAACAGCCUAGCUUGUGACAGAUUUUGAAAGCUAGUUAUUUGAUGACAUCACUCAUGGGUAUAUAGAAGUUUAGUUACUUAGAUUAGCAAUAGCACUUAGUUAAUGUUUGAAACCAAGCUAGUGUUGCAUGUCUGAUAUGAAAUCAAGAUCAAAUAUAUGUUGGGUCUAAAUGAUGUAAGCAGAGACAUGGCAUUUGAAGUUCAAACCUUGCUUGAAAAA